GGCAGAGAGCAGAGAAACAGGCCUUCUGGUGCCUCCCCACCCUCCCCUCUGUCUGGUCUGCGAGUCAGCUGGGGAGGCCGCUCUCCCCGCGGCCGGCAGCCCUGUGACCCUGUGACCCUGUGACCGGCUCUAGCUCCUGCGUGGAUUCUGUUGGAAGAUGGAGCGCAGCAGGUUUCUGGCUGGCCUGACGCUGGCCACCCUUCUCUCCCACGUGAGCCCCCUCCUGGAAUUCGUGGAGGAACUUGAGGACAAAGUGUUUUUGAAUUGCACCGGCAACAUCACGUGGCUAGAGGGAACGAGGGGGAACCUGUUACCACCGGACAAUCAGACUGUGGACUUGGGAAGACGCGUCCUGGACCCUCGGGGAGCGUACACGUGCAUUCGGCUGCAGGAAACAGGCGUCUCAUACACCCUGCAAGUAUAUUAUCGAAUGUGUCAGAACUGCGUGGAGCUGGACUCCGCCACCCUGGCCGGCAUCAUUGUCACCGAUGUCCUCGCCACCCUGCUCCUUGCUUUGGGAGUCUACUGCUUUGCUGGACACGAGACUGGAAGGCUCUCCAGGGCUGCUGACACUCAAGCUCUACUGAGGAACGACCAGCUCUACCAGCCCCUCAGAGACCGGAACAAUGCUCAGUACAGCCACCUUGGUGAGAGCUGGCCUCGGAGCAGGUGAACCUGAGACUGAUGGAGCACCGGCUGCCGAUCGUCCCUUUUCCUCCUGCUCAGCCAAUAAAGAUGUCUUCUUGCA